AUGGAAGUAGGUCUGAAACCGGGAGAAAUCAGCUUAGGAACCACCCUUAUAGCUGUUGCUUUUGAUGGAGGUGUGGUCGUUGGUGCGGAUUCACGCACGUCGAUGGGUGGCUCAUACACUGUCAAUAGGGUUACAGACAAGUUGACCUACGUCAGUGAUAGGAUAUACUGUUGCCGGUCUGGCAGUGCGGCUGAUACACAAGCUGUUGCUAGUAUCGUCACUUAUUAUCUACAACUAUACGCUAUACAACAUGAAGAGGAGCCUCCUGUCCGUGUGGCAGCAUCGUUGUUCCAAGAGCUCUGCUAUAAGAAUAAAGAUGCCUUAUCGGCAGGGAUAAUUUGUGCUGGUUGGGAUAAGCAUGAUGGCGGUUCCGUUUUUGGCAUACCUAUGGGCGGAUCAAUGCACAAACUGCCAUAUGCUACAGCAGGUAGUGGUUCUACAUAUAUUUAUGGUUACUGUGAUACCUCAUUUAGACAAAACAUGACCAAGGAAGAAACAAUAGAAUUUGUCAAGACUGGAGUUGCAUUGGCAAUCGGUAGAGACGGGUCAUCUGGAGGUUGCAUUCGUCUGGCUGUUAUUACCAAAGAUGGCGUGCAGCGACAUUUCAUCCCGGGAGACCAAGUACCAGCCUUGGGCGUUAUAUGA